AUGAGUGGCCCCUGUAUCACUGUUAGACUGACGGCCCUCAUGUUUCUAUGGAAGUGGAUAACAAUAAGCCUGCUACUGAGCUGGAUGUUGGUAGAGGCCAACGAUGGAGAGCCUUCAGUGACUGGAUUCACUGGCUCUGCAGGGGCCCUAGGCUGGCUACUGACAGGCAAGGGUCCUUUCCACAACUCACAGGAGUUUACUGAUUUCGCAGAGCGCUACCAGCAAGGAUUCACCACGAAAUACAAAAUAUACAGGGAGUUUGGACGAUGGAAGGUGAACAGCCUGGCCUUGGAAAGGCAAGUUAACAAUGGUUUUCCCUUUCCACUGGACCCGGAAUUCCUCCAGACCAUUCGGCAACUUGGAAGGCGGCCUAGUCUCAGCGUGAUCACUGACAACCUCAUUAGGAAAUACGGGACCCACUUCCUACUUUCUGCCACGCUCGGAGGAGAAGAAUCUUUAAUGAUCUUUGUGGACAAGCGGAAGUUGAGUCGGUCAACUGAGUUGACUGACACUAAUGGUACAGCUUUGACACUGGAGGCUCUCCACCAACUGGCUGCCUCCUACUUCAUUGACAGAGAGAGCACCCUUCACAAGCUGCACCACAUCCAGAUUUCUUCCACUGUCAUCAAGGUGACGGAAACAAGGACGGGUCCUCUUGGAUGCAGUAACUAUGACAACCUUGACUCUGUCAGUUCCGUUUUGGUUCAGAGCCCUGAAAACAAGAUCCAUUUGCAAGGCCUUCACGCUAUACUGCCAGAAUAUCUGCGGGACAGGUUUGUGCAGGCAGCACUCAGCUACAUCGGAUGUAAUGAGGAAGGCCAUUUUGUGUGCCGGGACAAUGACUGCUGGUGCCAGUGUGCUGCAGACUACCCACAGUGUAAUUGCCCUGAGUUGGAUUUGAAGUCUAUGGAAGCAAGUUUGCUGCAAAUUCAAGAUUCUUGGAACACAGCCAACCAAGAAUUUGAAGAGUCAGACGAAUUCCAGAAUUUUGUUCGGAGACUUCCCACAUUGUAUGCUUUGAACACAUCUGCCGUCGAGUUCUUCUGGAAAAUGGAACCGGCAAUUCAUCAGCGCUACAAACAGCUGGAGCUCAACACUCAGCAGCUUCUGAGCAAAUCUAGGCGGCUCAUCAACAAGCUCUUCACCCUCAGCAAGAGGUGCCACACCAAGCCCAAAAUCGUUACUCUGAGGGAGAGACCUUUGACCUACUGGUUGAACUACAUCCUCUCCAUUAAGUACUGCAGUGAAAACAGUCACAUUGGCUCAUAUUUGGAGGAGACCCGCAGUUGUUCCUGCCCCUUCGAGCACCCUAACUGUCAAGGUCUUAUUCCCUGCACAGUGGGUGAAGGCACAUCCUGUGGCUCCUGUUCUUAUGAGAACCGUUCACGCUGUGCCACGUGCAACCAGGGUUACAUGCUUAGUCAGGGCACAUGUCGCAACGAAGUACCAGACUCCAUUGACCAUUACAUUGGCUUUGAGACGGACCUGCAGGACUUGGAGUUACGCUAUCUACUGCAAAAACGGGACAACCGCAUCAGCAUCCACGGGAUCUUUGUCAGCAAUGAUGUCAGGUUAAAUAACUGGUUUGAUCCAUCUUGGAGAAAGAGGAUGCUGCUGACGCUAAAAAGUAACAAAUAUAAGUCAAACCAUGUCCACAUGCUUUUAGGGAUUUCUCUUCAGAUUUGCCUCACCAAGAACAUCACAUUGGACCCAGUUUUGUCUGUUUAUAUAAACCCAUUUGGGGGAAGUCAUUCAGAGAGUUGGAUCAUGCCUACAGACCAAAACAACUACCCCGAAUGGGAGAGAACUAAGUUAGAGCUAGCCCCUGACUGUUAUAAUUGGACUUUGACUUUGGGCAACAAGUGGAAAACAUUUUUUGAGACCGUUCACUUCUAUUUACGGAGUCGUAUCAGGGGCCCUUCGAGUAAUGGAAAUGGAACUGUAUAUUAUGAACCGUUGGAGUACUUGGAACCAGGGCAAAAUCUUGGCUACAUGAAAAUCAACAACAUACAGGUUUAUGGCUAUAGUAUGCACUUUGACCCAGACGCAAUCCAGGACCUAAUUUUACAGCUGGACUACCCGUACACUCAGGGAUCACAAGAUUCAGCCCUGCUGCAGCUGCUGGAGAUCCGAGAUCGGGUAAACAGACUUUCACCACCCGGAGCUCAGCCUUUGGAUCUCUUCUCUUGCUUGUUGAGGCAUCGGCUCAAACUAACCUCAACAGACGUUGCCAGGAUCCAGGCUGCACUGCAGACAUUCAGUGCCAAACAGCCCAACUCGAUGGAAUACGAAACAACCAAAUUAUGUAGCUAA